AUGGCCAAAGACUACAAGCCUGGUAAGCAAUGGAACUGGUAUAACUUUUGGAUAUGCCUUGCUGUUGGGUUCUUCGGCCAAAUGGCCUUUGGCACCCCUUCAGCCAUCAUCGGAACCACGCUGGCGCAGCCCGCCUUCCUGAUCUACAUGGGCCUGCUCGAUCCAGAAACGGAAGAACUCACAGCAAACGCAAACUCCCUGAUCGGCGCCACGAGUGGAGUUUUCCAGGCCGGCGCUUUCUUCGGCGUCCUGGUUGGUAGCUGGGUCAUGGACAAGUAUGGUCGCAAGGCCGGAGUCAUGUACUGUGUCAUCCUCUCCAUCAUAGGGAGCACCCUCCUGGCCGCUGCGCAGAACAUCGCUAUGUUUAUUACAUUCCGAUUCUUCUCCGGGGCUGGGAGCUGGUCGAUGAAUGCGUUGAUCCCUGUCUACUCUGCCGAACUUGCGCCACCGAAGCUCCGGGGGCUCUUUGUCGGCAUGAACGGUAUGGGCAUCACGGUGGGCUACGCCAUGGCCUCCUACAUGGGUCUUGCAUUCUAUUAUUCUCCGCACCCAGCGGUGCAAUGGCGCGGCCCGUUGGGUCUGGCUCUGGUCUGGCCCAUCUUCAUGCUCGUGACACUCCUGUUCGUUCCCGAGUCUCCCCGCUGGUUGCUGAUGGUCGGCCGUGUCGAAGAGGCGCGGAAGAUCACUAUGAAACUUCACCAUAUUAAGGGCGACCCCGAUCAGGAAUACGCCCGUGGUGAAUUUUACCAGAUGCAAAAGCAGACCGAGUUUGACAUGAAGCUCGAUUCCAGCUGGAAAGCUGUGUUCACAAAGCCCAACUAUCGCAAACGAGCGGUUCUGGCGAUCGGAUUCGCCUUUAUCGGCCAGAGCACGGCGGUGUUGAUUAUCAAUAACUACGGCCCCACGGUGUAUAAAGCCCUCGGCUACGACACGCUCAACCAGCUGAUUUUGCAAUGUGGAUGGAUCACCAUGGGUAUUCCGGCCAACCUGAUCGGCGCAAUCCUCAUGGACCGUGUCGGUCGGAAGCCGCUCAUGCUUACCGGUGUCAUUGGAUGCUGCGCAUGCCUGAUCGUCGAAGCAGCCAUGAUCGCCCAGUUCGCUUCUCCCGUCCCAGCCGUGGACCCGAACCGUGCAGGCCUUAGGGCCGGCGUGGCAGCGUUCUACGUGUUUUUGCUCUUCUACGGCUGCGGCAUCGACGUGGCCGGCUUCGUCUACUACGGCGAAAUCUGGCCGAAUCAUCUGAGAGCCAAAGGAGUCGCGCUCGCUGUUGGAACCAUCGCAAUUUCGGAUUUGGUCUACCUGCAGGCUGCUAGCACCGCCUUUGCGAACAUCGGAUGGAAGUUUUUCUUGCUCUUUAUCAUCCUCUCUGGGUUGGGGGCGGUCUGGGUCUGGGUUUUCCUGCCCGAGACCAAGGGCGUGCCCCUCGAAGAGAUGGCGGUGCUGUUCGGCGAUUCUGAGGAGGUUGUGGUCUUUUCCGAGAAUAUCCAUGUCGAUCACACAACCCAUGAACUGGUCGUCGACCCGCGCGGUGAGAGUUCGAUCUCCCAGGCUGGUGAACACGAGGGCACGAAGCACCGAGUCCCGCACGUCCCAGACAAUGAGAAAGCGCAGGAGUCGGUUGUUGAUCAUGUAUCAGCUUGA